UUUCUAUCGGACGCGGAAGCAGUCCGGGCCGUGCUGAGUGCCAAGAAAUCUUCCCUGACACCAAUUAUCGGCGAAUGUGACGGUGACGUGCUGUCACGGCUUCGUGCCGCUUUCAAACUUCGGCUGCUGACUUUACUGGCAAAUGAACUAAGUGGAGAAGACAGUGCCAAGGAGAUUGACGUCGUCGACGUGUCCCGCCUUCUUGUCAGCAUCUCUAUGGCGAAUGGUCUGCCAAAAAAGGAGAACAGUUGGGAUUGCGCCACGACGCUCACUGAAGGCGACGCAAUGUGCACGUGGUGGACUCAUGUUUUCACAUGUGCUUUAUUCUGGAAGCAGGGGAUGCGUGAGAAGGCCAAGCAGCAUUAUGCUGUGGUCAGGCGAUGUCCACCGGAGCUGCUAAACAAUCCUUUGGCACUCGCACUCGGCCAUGCAUUCUGCUGUCGAAAGUUGUGCAUCGACGACCGGGACAAUGUGAAUUUUGGCAAAUUCGUCUUCGCUCACUCACGCAAGGCACUUGAAGAGCUGCGCAUGGCCUGUGCGCGUGACGCUGCUCCAGAAGUAAGCCAAUUGCAGAGCACACUACGUCGCUUGGCAUACGAAUGGGUGAUGUCGUCGCUAUUGGACGCUUGGCGUCAGGACCUCGAACCGCAAGUUCCGUACUGGUGCCAACAAGCCCAAGCCGAUUAUCGAACGCUUUAUCAAGAAGCUUGCAAUCACUACACCCAUCUUCAACUUCAUGGUGGAGGUGAACGAGGAAGUCGCCUCGCCGCCUACCAGUUGACGUCACGAAUGCUCAACGGCGCCAACCCGCUCCAUACCUGGACGGCGGUGUGUCGCAUACGAAAAGAACGCCUCGACGCGGUAAGCGGCCGAGUCACCUACACCCGCGCCCAGCAACCGGAUCCUUUCACCUGCAUGUUCUGUGCAAAUUGCAUGACGACAUUCCACGAAUGUGUGAAAGAG